AUGGCCGCGUCCAUAGAGGAUGAUUUUGAGUCUAAUAACCAGGACUACUACUCUCUACUCAACGUCAGGAAAGAGGCAACUGUAGAGGAGCUUAAGGCAUCAUAUCGGAGGCUGUGUAUGCUCUAUCAUCCUGACAAACAUCGAGACCCUGAGCUGAAAAGACAAGCUGAACAGCUUUUCAACCAGGUGCACCAGGCGUAUGAAGUGCUGAGUGACGCUCACUCUAGAGCCAUCUAUGACAUCUUUGGAAAGAAAGGACUGGAAGUGGAAGGAUGGGAGGUGGUGGAAAGGAAAAGAACACCAGCAGAAAUACGAGAGGAGUAUGAAAGGCUGCAGAGAGAAAGAGAAGAGAGGAGACUGCAGCAAAGAACCAACCCCAAGGGCACCAUUAGUGUGGGUGUGGAUGCAACAGACCUGUUUGACCAUUAUGAUGAGGACUUUGAGGAGAUGCCAGGAGGAGGCUUUCCUCAUAUUGAAAUCAACAAGAUGCACAUUUCCCAGUCCAUCGAGGCUCCUUUGACAAACUCUGACACAGCAGUGCUGUCUGGUUCACUCUCUACACACAAUGGGAACGGAGGGGGCAAUAUUAACGUGACCGUUCGUAAGGUGACGUCGGCCAAAGGCUGGGGAGAGGUGGAAUUGGGGGCAGGAGACAUACUGGGACCUCUAAUUGGGUUGAAGAUGUUUCGUAAUAUCACUCCCCGGUGUUUCUUGACAGCCCAGUGCGGUUUGCAGUUUUCUCCUCGUGGUUUGCGACCAAGCUGCUCAUUGAUGACAGCACGCCACUUGGACCAGAACACUAUGGGUUAUCUUCAGUGGCGUUGGGGGCCCAACAGUGCCAUGACCACCAGUGUGGUGCGUGACACGAAGCGCAGCCACUUCACUUUAGCUCUGCAGCUGGGUGUGCCUCACUCCUACCUAAUGAUGAGUUACCAGUUCAAGUUCCAAGAUGAGGACCAGACCAAAGUUAAAGGCUCUUUCAAGACAGGCUGGUUUGGCACUGUGGUGGAAUAUGGAGCGGAGAGGAAGAUCAGCCGACACAGUGUCCUGUCAGCCACUGUCAGCAUCGGUGUCCCUCAGGGAGUCACACUGAAGAUCAAGUUGGCUCGUGCCAGUCAGACAUACCUAUUUCCAGUCCACCUGACAGACCAGCUGCUGCCCAGUGCCGUCUUCUACGCCACCGUGGGACCCCUGCUGGUCUACUUGGCCGUCCACAGACUGGUCAUCAUCCCAUAUACACAGCAACAGAAAGAGCAAGAUCUAGAGUUGCAGAGGAAGAGCUCAGCCACAGACAUCGCCAAGAAGAAGCAGGAGGCAGAGUCUGCUGUUCUGCUGAUGCAGGAAUCUGUGAGGAGAGUCAUAGAGGCAGAAGAAUCCAAGAUGGGUCUGAUCAUCCUGAAUGCCUGGUAUGGAAAGUUUGUGUCAGACACCAGCCAGAAACAGGAGAAAGCCAAGGUCAUCGAUGUCACUGUGCCUCUACAGUGCCUGGUCAAGGACUCCAAACUCAUCCUCACUGAAGCUUCUAAGGCGGGGUUGCCGGGCUUCUAUGACCCCUGUGUGGGAGAGGAGAAGAGUCUUAAACUACUGUACCAGUUCAGAGGUGUCAUGCACCAAGUCAUCUCUGCAGACACCGAGCCACUCCGGAUACCCAAGCAAUCUCACAGAAUUGAGUCUGAGUCCUAGGAGCCCCCCGCUGCUGGAGCACCAGAGGGCAAGUGAAGACAAAAACUGACUUUCUGUAAAGAGAACAACCCAAGAAUGGAGGGUACACACCUAGAAUAAGUUGCUCUCCUCUGGUCCUAAUCUGUCAUGGUAUUAGUGAAUCUAUUCCUCAACUCCUCCCUUUCCUGUGGACCAUCUCCCAGGUUAAGCAGAAUACAGGAGUCAGCUCUGAGUUUCUGCAAGGUGUUAUUUGUGUCUCUUGUCUGCAACACCUGACAGAGCUGCUCAGAUAUCUGCCUGCUGCAAUAGAUCAGACAUUUGGUCCUGCACAUAGUUUUAUAUAUGCACUACACAGAGGGCCUGAUAGUCCCAUCAAUGAUGAGCUAAAAGUGCACAGAUAGAUUAAAAGUUGUGUCUUGACAUUUGUUAGGUCAAGCAUGCAGCCGUGUAAACAAAUGAGCUGUGCUGUAAUUUUACCCCAUAUCAUUACAGUCUUUGUCCUGUCUGUGCAUCACCCCUGUAGGUUUGAAU